CUCCGGGCCCGUGACUUGCACUUGCCGCACUCGCCGCAAAAGCAGGUGGUCUUGGCAGCCUUGUAUGUGCGCCUCCGACUGCCUAGACUGCCUGAUGCCCUUCUUGGCCGCCGAUAUGGCAGCCUUGUGCGCCUCCGACUGCCUGAUGCCCUUCUUGGCCGCCGAAAUGGCAGCCUUGUGCGCCUCCGACUGCCUGAUGCCCUUCUUGGCCGCCGAAAUGGCACUGCCGUAGUUGUUGCCCAGGCUCGCCCGGGUGCUGGCCUUCAGCGCCGUCGGCCGCUCAAUCUCAAUGUCGCUCAGACUGAAGCGCUGCGGGGCAAAUGUGAUCAGCGUCAUAUGACACAUGCAUGGUGUAUUGGUGUCGAGAGUGCUGUAAAGCUUUUUGAGGACGCAGCAGCAAAUGCCCGCCACAAUCGACGCCCAAUCGACGCUCAUGCGGCCAUGCGGCCAUGCGGCGGGAAUUGCGAUCUGGCGCGGCGGAGGAGGCUGCACGCGGCCGGGCGGGGGCGACGCCGUGCUGUCCCCGGCCGAGGCGGCCAGCGUCCUGGUGCAGCUGGCGUGCAGCAGCGGCGCGGCGCGCCUGGAGUGGCUCGUGGGUCGGCUGCAGGCCUGCGGAGUGCAGCUGCCGCAGCAGCUGACGCGGGGCCAGGCGGAGUGCGUGGCCGCGUCGGGCAACGCCAUGGCCGUGCAGUGGCUGCGCGACCGCAACAUGCUGGUGGGGUAGACUGGUUUCGGGGUGGAUGGCGGGGGAGGAAUCGCGUCUGUAUGUGGUGCAUGCCGGCUGGGAACUAUUGAGCAUACGUGGCAAUCGUGACUGCGACAAGCAAUGCGUGUUGGGGCCUAUAUUCGGGGCGGCGGCGGGCGGUUGUUUGGGCGCGUGGACGUGUCAUUCAUCGGAAUUGAAUAGCUGAUAGAGGUUACAUGUGGGACGACAGCCGUGGACUAAGCCAGGGCCCCAAAAACGUACGAGACA